AUGGAUGACGUAAGUAAUGAAGAGCUCCUCAUGAAGUGGAAACCACGCUUAGGUCCAUUGUCCGUAGCUGAAAAGCUAAAGCAGGCCGAGUUACUGAAGCGUCAAGGCAAUUUGCGUGUCAAUGAGGGUGAAUAUAAACGCGCAUUAACAUCGUAUGCCAAAGUAUUUGCAUACGUCAAUGGUUUAUCCGUAGCAGGCGAUGCUAUGUCACAAUAUACUCAGGGAAAUACCGGUAUGAUGGCUACAAAAGAAGAAGAUAUCCAGAUUCAAGCUAUAAAAAUUGCGGUAUGGUCGAAUAUGGCGUUAUGCUAUGUCAAGCUCGGUACACAGCCAGAUAAAGCGUUGGGCUGUUGUGACAAGGUGCUGCAUCUUGAACCAGAGCAUAGUAAAGCACGUUUUCGUAAGGCUCAAUCCAUGGUGCAACUUAUGGAAUAUGAUCAAGCUUAUCAACUCUUGAGUGAGUUACUAGACGAAGAACCCAAGAAUGCGGCGAUACGUAGUGAGAUUCGGGCUUUACAGACUAAAAAGCGCGUAUACGAUGCUGAGAUGAAAGCCAAGGAGAAGAGUGUAUUUGGCAACAUGUUCAAGUAA